CUCCAUUUCAUUAUCUAGCUAUUCCUCUAUAAACUUUCCCUCCAUUUCCCCCUCUUUACGUUUUCCUCACAUGGCGGCAGUCGCAUUUUUGCGACUUCCCUUAUCUCCAUUACUAGCGAAUCCUACCUCCCUCUUCUCCUUCUCAAAUCCUAAUUCCCUUAGGGUUUUCUGCUGCUGCUGCUCCCCUUCCCCUUCCCUCUCUUCCGACCUUCUCCCAUCUUCUGACAUCGACACCAACGCCGAUAAAUGGGAGUCUUUCCGCAAGAAGAAAGUCGUAAUGCGAGUAGGUUACGUCGGUUCUGAUUACAGAGGUCUGCAAAUGCAGCGAGAUGUGAGCACUUUAUCGACCAUUGAAGCAGAAUUGGAAACUGCUAUCUUUAAGGCAGGUGGAAUCCGUGAUAGUAAUUAUGGCAAUCUGCACAAAGUUGGUUGGGCCAGAAGUAGCCGAACUGAUAAAGGAGUUCAUUCAUUGGCGACCAUGAUAUCCUUAAAGAUGGAGAUCCCUGAAAAUGCAUGGAAAGAGGAUCCUAGUGGCAUUUCUCUUGCAAAUUAUGUCAAUGCCAAUCUUCCUAGCAAUGUAAAAGUAUUCAGCAUUUUACCUUCCCAAAGGAGCUUUGAUGCAAGAAGGGAAUGUACAGUCCGAAACUAUAGUUACCUUCUUCCAGCCGAAAUAAUAGGGAUUAAAAGUGACUCUAGUUCUACGGAAGUAGAUCUUCAUAUAUCAGAGUUCACCGACAUAUUGCGAAGUUUUGAGGGAGAGCAUCCUUUCCAUAAUUACACUAUACGGGCCAAGUAUCGGAAACAACCUGCUGUGAAAGGCCACAUGCUCAGAAGGACAAGAUCACCUAAGGAAGUACCUGCAGUGGAGCCCAGGGAAGACAAUAUACUAGAAACGUAUGCGGAUGAUGAGGCUACACAAGAUCUCAGCAAAGAAGAUUCGGAUACCAGUGAUUAUGAUGAGAACCUUGGUAACAAUCGAGGAAAGCAUGCGGAUGGGCCAAAAGAUUUGGAUCCCCUUUUAGUUGUCCGUGCAAGAUGGCUAAAUGAACCUGACGAAAUGGACAGAAUUGGUGCAUCUCACUUCAGGAAGAUAUUCCGCUGUUCUUGUGGGAAACUACAGUGGUCACUGGAAAUACCUUACAUUGAACUCUCCAUCUGUGGGGAGUCUUUCAUGUUGCAUCAGAUCCGCAAAAUGGUGGGAACUGCAGUGGCGGUGAAGCGGAAGCUGCUACCCCAUGACAUUGUAGAAAUGUCCUUGUCCAAGUUCUCACGGAUAGUUCUACCUCUUGCCCCUUCUGAAGUCCUCAUCUUGAGGGGCAACCAGUUCUCGGUGAGGAACCGCCCAGGCAAUAUAAUCCGGCCUGAAGUGCGGAGUCUGGUCGAAUCCGAAGACAUUCUCAGGGUAGUCAAUGAGUUCUAUUCUUCUGUGCUGUUGCCGCAAGUCUCAAAGUUUUUGGACCCAUCAAAAUCUCCAUGGAAGGAAUGGGUUGAUAAUUUGGAUGCUAACACAAGCAUUCCAGAUGCAGAGUUGGAGGAUGUUCGGAAGGCAUGGAAACAAUGGAAGGCAAAAAAUAUUGUGGUAUGACUAGUGCUGACAUAACGGACGAUUCGGUGUGCUGGAUCGAGUUGGAAGUGAGAUGUGUCAUUCUUUUAUCUGUUUUUAUUGCAGCUUGGCUGGUAAGGAAUUUAUUAUUAUUAUUAUUAUUA